AUGCCCUGUUUCCAGUCUGAGGCGCAGGAGUCCACGGAGCCGAACAGUGACACUCCCGGGGGAGGAGAGGAGUCCUGCCGCAGGGUGACAGUGACGGAGCCGCCGAUGAGCAGAGACAUGGGCUGGUUCUUCUCUCCUCUGUGGAGCCCUCGCUCCAAGACGCGCAGGGUCAGUGUUCCACAGUCUCCACUGGUGCCCACGUUUCCCAGAAGCAGCUCUGAUCACUCUGACAUGUUCCUGAAGGCUCGUCACGGCAGAGAUUCGUCUCCACUUCCCUUCUCUCACCUGAACAUCUCAUCUGUAAACGACCAGCUCAAACCCCUCGCCUCCAAUCUCUGUCCCUCUGACUCAAAGGACCCUUUUAGUCCAGAUGCUCUGGCUAUGCACUCGCCUUGUUCUCUUCAUUCUUCCCGUUUCUCUUUUCCUCCCUGUCGACCUCUUUCUCCCAUUUGCCCUGGCUCUCCUGACCUCUCCCAUGCACCGCCUCAGCUUCUGUGGCCAACCGCUGCAAACACCACAGCCUGUGGCCAUGGUGAGGGCUGCCCAUGGACGAUGGAGCUCCUGACAGGAGGUCUCAGUUGGAUAGGUUCUGUGGCUGAGCUCUGCCAGGGGGCUGUCCUGCACGUUGGGGAGGUACUGGCAGCUGAGGGCAGCUGCCUCGCUCUGGUAAAGAAAGACGGCGGUGGAAAGAGCACCUUAGUGGAGGUGGUUCCCCCGACCACACUGGAGUGCUUGAGCAAGGCCAACAUCUGCAGCCACGGACACCUGGAGCUGCUGAGGGGUAUCAUGGGAUGUGUGCUGGCUACAGGGUCUCCAAUGAACCUGAGAGACACAUCAGAGUACCCAAAGUUCGACUUAGAUGAAGAUCAACCAUCGGACUUUAAGAUCAGGACUGUUUUAAAUGUGCCCAUAAAGAACCACAGGGGAGAGGUAGUAGGUGUAGUGGUCAUGAUCAAUAAGAAAAGUUUUGAAGAUGGACCAAUUUCUGCUUUUACCAACAUGGAUGAGAAGGUGCUAUCAAAUCACAUGGAUGUAUUGGGGAUGGUCUUGGAUAAUGUCCAGCUGUACGAGAGCUCGAGACAGGAGGCCAAACGAAGUCAGGCCUUGAUCGAGAUGGCACAGGUGUUGUCGAAGGAGCAUCACUCGUUUGAGGUUCUGCUGAGUAAGAUGGCGGCCACCAUCAUGCCCUUCACACAUGCUCAGUACUGCACCAUCUUCAUCCCCGACGAGCAAACCUCAGUCAUCCCAGAUGAGAUUUUGUUCUCACGAGUGAUACACCUGGAAUGUGAGGAGCUCGGAUCAACCUGCCAGGUCUACAGAAGGGAGCAGGACAUCAGCGAUAUCGAUCCAUCGUAUGCCCUCCGAACUCUUGUCACCAUGGAAACACUUAAUAUGUCUGAGAGUUGUGAAGGAUCAUUAAAGAGUCUGAUCUGUUGUCCUGUUAGAAAUGAGAGGUCUGAAAAUAUUAUCGCUGUGUGCCAGCUGAUGAACAAAUGCAGCAGGGAAUCGGAUGACACGGAAGCCUUCAAUAAAUAUGAUGAGCGUCUAUUGGAGGACCUGGCGGUGUACUGUGGCCUGGCUCUGCAGUAUGCUCAGGCUGUGCAGAUCACAGAGGAGCGAAGGGCCAGUAUAGAGGUCACACAGGAGGUUCUUGCCUACCACAUCACUGCAGCAGAACAGGAAAUCCAGGCAUUACAGGAGGUCUCCAUUCCUUCUGCUGAGUCACUGCACAUACUAGACUUCCACUUCUCUCACUUUGCUCUGCCAGAGGAUCUGAGCACACAGGCCACAGUUCGUAUGUUCCUGGACCUCAAAUUAGUGCAGGAAUUUAACAUCGAUUACAAGAGUCUGUGCCAGUGGGUCCUGACUGUGAGGCGUGGUUAUAGAAACAACGUGCCUUACCACAACUGGAACCACGCACUGAGCACUGCACAGAGCAUGUUUGCUAUGCUCAUGGCCACAGAGCAGCUCCAGACUAUUUUUUCCCGUCUGGAGAUCUUAGCGUUGAUGAUCGCCACUCUCAAUCAUGACCUCGACCACAGAGGAGUCAGUAACUCCUAUAUAGAAAGGAGUCAGCAGCCUUUAGCUCAGCUCUAUGGACACUCUUCUCUUGAAAACCACCACUACAACCUGUGCCUCUUUAUCCUGAACAACACUGGGAGUCAGAUCCUCAGUGGCCUCUCCACAGAAGACCACAAAACUGCUCUACACACGAUCAAGAGGGCGAUCCUCGCCACCAACCUCACCGUGUACAUGGAGAGAAGGGAUGAAUUCUUUACUCUUGCUAAGAAAAGCAGAGUGAGCUGGAAGAGUGAGAAACAGAGAGAGCUGUUGAGGUCCAUGUUAAUGACAGCUAGUGACCUCUCUGCUAUCUCUAAGCCUUGGCCUGAACAAAAGAGGAUUGCCAAACUGGUUGCCAUGGAGUUCUUUGCACAGGGGGACAAAGAGAGAGAAGAGUUCAAAAUUGAACCAAUUGACAUAAUGAACAGAGAAAACAGCACUCGCCUGCCAUACAUGCAAGUUGAAUACAUUGAUGAGAUUUGUUAUCCACUCUACAAGGCUGUUUCUGGACUGUUUGACACCUGCACCCCACUGCUGAAUGGCUGUAAGAAAAACAGAGAGAACUGGCUGCAUCUGGCUGAGGAAUCAGAGGAAAACAGUGAAAAUACAAGUAUAGCGAGCCUGGAAACUCACACAAACAGUGAGGAAGAGACGCAGCCCGAAGAAUAGAGGACAGGAGAGAAGACAGACUUUUUUCUUUUGAAG